AUGGGUGAACUAAAAACGGGUAGAGGGUUGAACCAAGAACUUGGUCUUGUUAAAAUCGGUGAUACUCGUUGGGGAUAUCACUACAAGUCAUUUGUAAAUUUUAUUAGUAGCUUUGACUCUAUUGUUGAUGUACUUGAUACUCUUGUUGAAUCACAAGAUAUUGCAAAAUGCCAUGAUUCAUGUAAAGGUAGCAAAGAGAAGCUACAACAACUUAAUGACCGUUUCAAUGAGGUGACAAGUGAUUUUCUUAAUGGAGUAUCUUGCUUGAAUCCACUUGAUUCAUUUUCUAGUUUUGACAUAAAGAAAAUAAUGAGAAUGGCUGAAUUAUAUCCUGAUGACUUUGAUGAGUCCAACAUGAGGGCUCUUGAGAAUCAACUUGUUAAUUACAUUAUUGAUGUUCAUGAUAUUGAUGAAAUGUUCUCCAAUUUGGGUGGACUUUGGGAACUUUCAAUAAAGUUGGUUUGGACAAAGAAGCAUUUAAAUUAUUCUCUCGUAUUUCUUUUAGUGAAGUUUGAUUUGCUUCUACCUAUUGUCACUGCUACCGUUGAAAGAGCUUUUUCGGCAAUGAAGAUUAUCAAGAAUGACUUGCAAAGUUGA